AUGCCACUCAAGGUGGGAAGUGUGAUAGUUCCAACUGACUUUGUGGUAGUAGAGAUGGAUGAAGAACCCAAAGAUCCUCUGAUUUUGGGAAGACCUUUCCUUGCCACUGGAGCUAUAAUUGAUGUGAGAAGAGGCAAGAUUGAGCUGAAUUUGGGUAAAGACUGCAAGAUGGUGUUCAAUGUAAAAGAUGUUAUGAAGCAACCAACUAUAAAUGGUGAGUCGUUUUACAUUGAAACACUUGAGCAGCUAGCCGAAGACUACUUGGAGGAAUUGGGAGUUGAGGAUAAGCUGCAGCUGGCUUUGACUAAGGAUAAUGAGGAGUUUGGAUGUCUACAAGCAGAGAAAACGAAGAGCAUCCGGGAUGGAAAACAGGUUGAGAACCUGUUUGCUCUAGAGUCAAACCAAAGGAGGAAAGCUCUCAAGAGCAAGGCACGGACGAUGACUGGUCUGAGCUUAAGGCUCCCAAAGUCGAUCUCAAAGCCACUCCCAAAGGGGCUCAGGUAUGCGUUCUUAGGCUCUAACUCCACAUACCCUGUCAUUGUCAAUGAUGCAUUAGACCCCCAUGAGCUUGAAACCCUCCUUGUGAGCUGCGAAAGUACAGGAGAGCUCUUGGAUACUCGCUGGACGAUAUCAAGGGUCUCUCCCCUACUCUAUGCACUCACAGGAUCCAUCUCGAAAAUGAAUCAAAGGGAUCUAUUGAGCAUCAGCGUAGGUUAA